GACGUUCGGAUGUUGGCUGCCAUGGUAUAACAUGCUCGACCCGCAGGAGAAUACACGAGUCUCGCCCGUCCCAGGUCCCCCUCGCCAGUCCCGCCCCGAGGCUACACUCCCUUCUUUACUCCCAAUCUCCCCUCUGGCCAGCGCUGUAUCCCCAUCGAGACAGCGGCUGCUCACCGUACCUGACUCGUGCUGUGUGGCUAGUGCCAGUGACCCCUCAGGACCUCAGCCGCGAAGAUGGCCACGCCCGCGCAAGAGAUCUAUGGCCCGAUUUUCAUCGGCAUGGUGUUCAACAUCUUGCUGUAUGGGGUUAUGAUCACCCAGACGUAUCUGUAUUUCAACGUGUACAGACGUGAUAAGACGUGGAUGAAGCUCUUCGUGCUCACGUUGUUCCUGUGCGAUACUGUCAAUACGUGCUUGGACAUCGCGUUCACGUAUCAGCCGCUCGUGAACAACUUCGGAGACAACGACGCCAUCUCCAGAGCUACUUGGGUGUUCGCGACAGACCCCGCUAUGACGGCCAUCAUCGCUGUGCUCACGCAGCUCUUCUUCGCAUGGCGUGUCAAGGUGUUGACGUCGAACUACUUCGCUGUCAGCGCGAUUGUGAUAUGUGCCGUCGCCCAGUUCUGUGGCGGGCUUGGGACUUCCAUUGCUGUCGGGAUGAUACCGGAGUUCGUCCGCUUCCAGAAGUUCCAGGUUAUCGUCAUCAUCUGGCUCGCAUUUUCCGCGGCCGCCGAUGUCCUGAUUACGGCGUCCCUUGUCUGGCACUUGCGCAAAAACAAAACGGGGAUGGCCGUGACGGACGACGUGGUUGACAGAAUUAUCCGUCUGACUGUCCAAACGGGCCUCAUUACCGCUGUAUGCGCGGCUAUCGACCUCAUUCUCUUCCUGCUCUCUUCUUCUGGCCUGCAUCUUAUCUUCAACCUGCCCUUGUCGAAGCUGUACACGAACUCGCUGCUGUCGAGCUUGAAUUCCCGGCGCGGAUGGCAGUACGACACUAGUGACGUGCUCAGCGGACAGCACUCGGAGCACCGUCCGAGCGCUGGCACACGGAGGCCCAGGAAUGUCAACGUGAAUGUACUCCGUAGCGACGUCGGUGGCAAACGGCAGGCGCCCCAGCAGAUCUACAUCGACGUCGAAUCGCACGAGAUGGUCGACGUCGUGGACGUCAAGGGCGGCCAUUACACGGCAACUCCGUCGUUCCUGCCGGACAAGAAAACGAUGUCGCCUCCUGCGGAGCGGGCGGAGUCUUCCGAAAGGGGGGUAGACGAUAUCAUCUAAUUUAACCUUGCUGUUGUAUUCUGUACUCGUGAUACUUUGUUCAUUUGAAUAGGCGAUCUGUUAGCAAUAAAGGGUAUGGUUCAAUGUAAUUUCA